AUGGAUGAUUUUCUGAUUAAGUUCUUCCCUAAAAUUCAUGAGAGAAAGCUUCAUGCAGCAGAAAAUAAUUAUUGUAAAUAUGAUGACCAAUUGCUACAGCUUUUUACAUCUUCCUUGUACCUAGCUGCCCUUGUAUCCAGCUUUGGCGCGUCGAAAGCGUGCAGUAUUUUAGGACGCAAGCCCACUAUUUUCAUGGCUUCAGCGUUUUUUAUUGCUGGUGCCGUGUUUAGUGCAGCUGCUGGGCAGAAAUGGGUGCUCAUUCUAGGUAGAAUUCUAUUUGGGAUUGGAGUAGGAUUCGGAAAUGAGGCUGUUCCUUUAUUUUUGACAGAAAUUGCACCUGCACAGCAUAGGGGGGCAGUAAACAUUCUGUUCCAACUCUUUGUAACCAUAGGAAUUCUAGUUGCUAACCUGGUGAACUAUGGAACAUCUAACAUGCAUCCCAAUGGAUGGAGAGUAUCACUAGGCCUGGCAGCAGUUCCUGCAUUCAUUUUACUUAUAGGUUCUUUGAUCAUAACCGAAACUCCACCUAGCCUUGUUGAACGUGGCAAAGAAACUCAAGGAAAAGCAGCACUUAAGAAGAUCAGGGGUGUUGACAACGUCGAUGCAGAAUUUCAGCAAAUCAUUCUAGCCUGCGAACAAGCCAAAAAAGUCCAGAAACCAUUCAAGAAACUCUUCAAACGCGAAAGCAUGCCCCCUCUAAUCAUUGCCAUUUCUCUGCAAGUCUUCCAGCAAUUCACCGGGAUUAAUGCCAUUAUGUUUUAUGCACCAGUCUUGUUUCAAACACUUGGAUUCAAGAGUGAUGCUUCGUUGUUGUCCUCGGUUAUCACAGGUUUAGUGAAUGUUGGAAGCACUUUUGUGUCAAUUUUCGCUGUUGAUAAGGCUGGAAGAAGGAAAUUACUUCUGCAAGCUUGCGUUCAAAUGUUAAUCUCCCAGCUUGCAAUUGGAUGGAUUUUACAUGUCCACUUGAAGGAAACAGGUUCACUCGACAAGACUCUUGCAGCCGUUGUGGUGGUACUAGUGUGCACAUUUGUAAUGUCGUUUGCAUGGUCAUGGGGUCCUCUUGGUUGGUUAAUUCCAAGUGAAACCUUCCCAAUGGAAACAAGAACAGCUGGAUUUGCCUUUGCAGUGAGCUCAAACAUGAUUUUCACUUUCAUCAUUGCUCAGGCAUUCCUGUCAAUGUUAUGCCACCUGCAAGCAUACAUUUUCUUCUUCUUCUCUGCUUGGAUUCUUGUAAUGGGGAUUUUUGUUGUAUUCCUAUUGCCGGAGACCAAGGGCGUCCCAAUCAACUCUAUGGUUGAAACAGUAUGGAAGCAGCAUCCAGUGUGGAAGAAAUUCUUCGAGGAUGAAGUUCCCAAGAGUCAUGAGAUGGCCUGA